CGGUUUAGCCCCGCUAUGGUCUCGGCAACAGCGGCUCAGGGAGUAGUACCAGACCACUGUGUUGUGCAGGAACAGGCACGACAUAGCUGAAAACCGCCAGCGGAACAAAUGAAAACGAAAACUACUCUUUCAUGUGGAUUUAUUUUGAGGCGACACACUCUGUCGAAGUAAGACGGUCUUCAAGUGGAAUUGGACCGACUGACGAGGAUUGGGAUAGUAGCUACUCUACGAUAACACCGCCGAAUGGUUUCUCUUGCUCCGCCGCUAAGUUUGCUGGCUAGACGGCCGAUAAUGCACGGCAUCUGCUCUGCAGCCACACCCACUUCCUGCCUGUAGAGGAAGCGGCUGUGCCAGCAUGUCCUCUCAUCCUCAGACUGUGCCACCGAGCCGGAGGACUGUGGACACAAGGCACCUGCCAAACCCUGCCAAUCUACCACUGCAGCUGCAACGGGCACAUACGGAAGUGGGACUGGACUACCAUACUCAUCAUGUCAGGGACUACAGCUCCCACCUGGCCCAGCCACAUCGCCGCCGACCUUCCUUGCUUUCGGAGUUCCAGCCUGGGAAUGAGAGAGGACAAGAGCAGCAUAUCCGGUUUGAGCACAUCUACCUGCCCGAGCCAAGCAGCCAAUCAGAGGUGGAAUAUGCUGAGAUAAAACGGCCUCGUUUAGAGAUGGGACCAGAGUCUCUGAUGAGGCCCUCGUCCCACCGGCCUACCUUGCCCCUGGGAGCGGCUGAGGACAUGGCAAAGGAGCGUGGAAGUGCCAUGGGUAAGCUGGAGCCAAUCUCCCCUGUGAGUCCAGUCCACAUGGACCCAGACUUGGAUCUGGUACCGGCACGCUUCUCAAAGGAGGAGCUAAUCCAGAACAUGGACCGUGUGGACAGGGAGAUCACCAUGGUGGAGCAGCAGAUCUGCAAGCUUCGCAAGAAACAGCAACAGCUGGAGGAGGAGGCUGCAAAGCCCCACGAGCCAGAGCGGCCUAUCUCACCACCACCUAGCGAGGCUAAGCACCGCAGCCUGGUGCAGAUCAUCUACGAUGAGAACAGGAAAAAGGCAGAAGAAGCUCACAGGAUACUGGAGGGACUGGGACCCAGGGUAGAACUGCCUCUGUACAAUCAACCUUCAGAUACCAAGCAGUACCAUGAGAACAUCAAAAUAAACCAGGCGAUGAGGAAGAAGCUCAUCCUGUACUUCAAGAGGAGAAAUCAUGCUCGUAAGCAGUGGGAACAGAAAUUUUGCCAACGUUAUGACCAGUUGAUGGAAGCCUGGGAGAAGAAGGUGGAGCGCAUUGAAAACAACCCGCGACGCCGAGCUAAGGAGAGCAAGGUUCGAGAGUACUACGAGAAACAGUUUCCAGAGAUCCGCAAGCAAAGAGAGCUGCAGGAGCGCAUGCAGAGCCGUGUUGGGCAGCGAGGAGGUGGGUUGACCUCAUCUGCAGCUCGAAGUGAACAUGAGGUCUCUGAAAUCAUUGAUGGAAUAUCAGAACAUGAGAACACAGAGAAGCAAAUGCGACAGCUAGCAGUCAUCCCUCCUAUGCUGUUUGAUGCUGAGCAGCAACGCAUCAAGUUCAUCAACAUGAAUGGACUGAUGGAUGACCCAAUGAAGGUGUACAAGGACCGGCAAGUCAUGAACAUGUGGAGCGAGCAGGAGAAGGACACUUUCAGAGAGAAGUUUAUUCAGCACCCCAAGAACUUUGGUCUGAUUGCGUCGUUUCUAGAGAGAAAGACGGUGGCAGAAUGUGUGCUCUUUUACUAUUUGACCAAAAAGAACGAAAACUAUAAGAACAUAGUGCGGAGGAACUACAGACGCCGGGGAAGAAGCCAGCACGGUCAACAACAACAGCAGCAGCAACAAGUGAACCGCAGCAGCCAGGAAGACAAGGAGAAGGAAGAGAAAGAGAAGGAAGGAGAGAGGGAUGAAGAAAAAAAUGAAGCUGAAGAAAAAGACGAUGGAAUGAAGGACGACACCUCUGGAGAGGAUGCAGAGGAUAAAGAGCCCACAGUGGCUUUUAAGGGUCGACGCACAGCCAACAGCCAGGGGCGCCGCAAGGGCCGCAUCACUCGCUCUAUGACCAGUGAAGUGGAGGAGACAACCACACCACCCAUUAACAAUGAGCUUGCCAAUCUGGAGAUGAAUGAGAGCUCUCGCUGGACUGAAGAAGAGAUGGAAACUGCCAAAAAAGGCCUUCUCCAGUAUGGUAGAAAUUGGUCCGCCAUCGCCAAGAUGGUGGGAUCAAAAACUGUGUCACAAUGCAAGAACUUUUACUUCAACUACAAGAAAAGGCAGAAACUGGAUGAGAUUCUGCAGCAGCAUAAAAUGAAAUCGGAGAGGGGGCGAAAGGCCCGUCGCAGGGGCAAAGCCUCACAGAGUGAGGAGGCCAGUGCUCCAUAUGCGGCUGAGGAGGAGGAGAUGGAGGGUUCAGGGGCCAGUGGCAAUGAAGAGGAAGCACCUGAAGAUGGAGAAGGUGGAGCCAACAACAGCUCUGACACGGAGAGCUUGCCUUCGCCACACUCAUCAGAGGACAGCAAGGCCAAGGAGGAUGGCUCAUGUAGGUCAAAGGGCAGCUCUAACUCUGGAGACAAGGAGGCAGCUGGCUCCGACAUGGGCCAGGCAGGGGAUGAGAAACCUCCAGUUAAAGAAGAUGCAGACGCUGCCAUCAAGCAGGAGAUAAAGACUGAGACAGGGGAGCCCAUUAAGGAUCAGCUGCAACCACCACCUCCCAGCGACUCCACAGACAAAAAACCUCCCACUGCGGACACAGAGGAUGUGAAAAGCUCCACCAAGAGCUCCAAGAAGGACCAUGGGGCCAAAACAGGCUCCCAUGGCGACAGUGACUCUAGUGCCACUUGCAGUGCUGAUGAGGUUGAGGAGACCGACAACACAGAUAAGACCAGAAUGACUUCUCCACGGCCAAGCUUACUAAACUAUGCUCAUGACGGAGUCAUAUCCUCAGCGCUACAGAAGCCCAUGGACCUGAAGCAGCUAAAACAGAGGGCUGCUGCUAUACCACCCAUUAUGCCAGAGGCCUCUGUGCAGGGCAAUCAGCGGAGUGGUGGUAGUGGCAAAGCUGCACUACCUCCCCAUGCCCUGGCUCUGUACCAGCAACAGAUCACCAUGGCUCAUGGGGAGUCCUCUCAGGAGGUCAAACAGCAACAGCUGCAACAGCAGCAGCAGUUUUCAGGCCAGCCAGGAAAACCACAGCCUUAUACCCCACAAGCAGACAGAGACGCUCUUCGCAGUAGCAGUCCUCGUGUCCGACCACGCAGCCCUUCCACCAGCGACAAAGAUGAAAAGUCCCGGGCUUUCUCUCCGCACGGUGAAGCCAAGAAGCAGGCUCUGGGCCCUGAUGACCUGCGGACCUCCAGCUUAGGUCGGCCCGUUAUGUCUCCAUAUCCCAUGUCCCCACGAGACAUGGCCAAGAUCAGUCAUGACCAGCACCUGCUCCACUUCAACUCGUUCCAGCAAACGGGCCACCCGUCUAUCCCUGGUCUGCCACAGGACAGUGGCAGGCUGGCCGCAGUGAGACCCCUUCCAAUGCCAGAGCCCCCACCUCUCAUUUCCUCCACCAAACCAGGGGGCUCCAUCACACAGGGCACCCCAGUGCAGUUGCAUAGCCCAGCCCAUGGGUUGGACCAUGGGAAAGUACCCCCCACACAGAUGGGGUUGUCUUGGAUGGAUCAGAGGAAAGUGGGUUCUUUCCCCGUGAUAAAGCAGGAACAGCUGUCCCCUCGCAGCUCGUCCUCUCAGCCCGAUAACCUGUCAAUACAGGGGCCACCUCAUGAUAGUGCGUCUGGACGAGCUGUACAAGGAGGCAGUAUCACCAAGGGCAUCCCAGGGACCAGAAUGCAUCCAGAUUCCUCAAUAUCCUACCGGGGAGGCUCCAUCACUCAGGGGACACCGGCUGAAGUGCUGUAUAAAGGAACCAUAACUCGUCUGGUCACAGAAGACAGCAGCAGCCGAGCUGAGCGAGAGAGGGAUGAGCCGCUGCCUAAAGGCCAUGUGGUCUACGAGGGUAUCGGUGCCCAUAUCCUCACAUAUGACCGCCCACCUUCUCAGACUCCUAAGGAUGAGGGCAGAGGUUCGGGGCAACCUGGGGAAGUCCUGGGGCUGAAGCGCCCUUAUGAUGUUAUGGAAGGGGCUCCAAGAGGGCUGCCCAUGAGGGAUUCACUGUCUGCUGCCAACUGUGAAGGCCUGAUUGUUAGAGCUAUGCCUCAUGAUAGGGACAGUCCACACCACACAUCUUACAAGGAUGCCCAUCACAUCCGUGGCUCCAUCUCACAAGGUAUACCUCGUCAUCUGGACCCUCAGGAUGGUUACCUGAGGAGGGAGGCGAAACAGAUGAAGAGAGAUGGCUCCCCACCUCGUGGGCCUGGUUCACUUUCGGACCCAUUGAAGGCCAGAGAAUCUAUGGUUCCCACGGUGAAGGAGGCCGGACGUUCAAUCCACCUCAUUCCCAGGGAGGAGCUUAGACAGCCUACCAAGGAAGGCAUCAUAGCACAGGGAUCAUCCAUGAAGCCAGAGCCAGCUGCAUCGGGAAAACGUCAUGAUGUCCGUUCCAUUAUUGCCAGUUCACCACGUUCUUACCACAACACACCCUCUCAUUUGGAGAUGCGUGGGGAAAGAGGCCGCUAUGAGGAGGCACCCAAAGGGCGUCCCAGCGCAGUGGUCAGCACAGCUAGUUCAAUGGCCCGAUCAUCUCCAUUAACACUAGGGUCGGAGCAGGGAGGUAAAGCCCAUCAUAGCCCUGUGGGUUAUGAGGAAAAAGGCACCUUACGGACCCCUUACCCUGGGCCCUCUCAUCGUGGCUCCCCACUGUCUAGAGAAGCAAGCCAAAGGCAGCAUGAUGGUUCCAGUAAGAAUCCCCCUCAGGAGAGGAAAGCCACACCAACCCCCAGGGAGAUGAGCGCCACUAAGUCCCCACUCCCAGGUGUUCCAGACCAACAGACCUAUGAGCGUCUGCUGCAGGGUCUUGGCGCUGCAGACGUGUACCGCCAGAUCCCCUUAGCCUUUGAUCCUGCAGCACUGCCCCGUGGCAUCCCCAUUGACCCAGCCUACUACUUGCCUCGCCCCCUCGCCCCCAACCCUGCAUACCCUCAUCCCUACCCCUACCUCAUUCGUGGCUUUCCAGACACUGCAGCUCUGGAGAACCGCCAGACUCUGCUCAAUGACUACAUCACCUCACAGCAGAUGCACCAGUGGCCUGCAGCUGCUGCAAUGGCUGCCCAACGGUCUGACCUGCUGAGGGGCCUCGCUCCACGAGACCAGCAGCUUCCUCUCCCCUACUCUGCAGCUCCACGUGGGAUCAUCGAUCUAUCUCAGGUGCCACACUUACCUGUCCUGGUCCCUCCCUCUGCAGGGGCAGCCGGUUCCCCAAUGGAUCGCAUCACCUACAUGCCCGGGGGAAGCACCAGCUUCCCUGGCAGGCCUUACAAUACCUCUCCCAUCUCACCCGUUGGUUCUUCACACAUGAACAAGAUGCAAGGCACAUCUUCAUCUUCAGAACGUGAGCGGGAAAGAGACCGUGAGCGUGACAGAGAGAGGGAACGAGACCGGGAGAGAGACCGGGAACGGGAGAGGGAGAGGGAGCGUGAACGGGACCGGGAGAGAGAACGGGAAAGAGAACGGGAGAGAGACCGGGACAGGGAACGGGACAGAGAGCGUGACCGUGAGAAGGGUGGGUCUCAUGGCGUCGUGGAGCAUGCUCCCAUUUGGCGACCAGGUACAGAGCACAGCUCAGCUAGCAGUAGCAGCACACGACCUUCUUCUCAACCUUAUAGCCACCAGCAUUCUCCAGUCUCUCCUCGCACUCAGGAGACUGUGCAGCAGAGACCAAGCGUACUGCACAACACUGGGGGCAAGGCACUGUCUGUCAGUGAACACUCUGGCUCAUCUGUAUUACGGUCCAUGUCCUCAAGCUCAGGGCGCUAUCAAGGUUACCCUGGCCAUCUGAGGACAGGUAUGCCCCCUGAGGCCUAUCCACCUGCCAUGGACUCAAGUAUAGCCAAAGAGCAGAGUCGUGAUGGAAGCAAAAAUAGGGGAGGUCUGCCUAAGCAUGUACAGGAUCAGCAUGGACCCUCCAGUAAAUCUGACCCCAAGUUGUCCAACCUCAGUCCAGGAGGACUAUACCCUGGUUCUUAUCCCUCGGGUUCAAGCCGACCCCAGCAUCUGCUGCCUCCCCAGUCGGAUAAUCCUCCUGGCCGUGGAGAAAGCGGUACACCUAGUAGGGAAAAGACUCAAAACAAACCGAUGUCCAUUCAGGAACAAGAGCUCCGAGCACUCGGUAAGACCACCAUGACUGCGGCCAACUUCAUAAACGCGAUUAUUAUACGUCAAAUUUCAUGUGAAACGGGGAUGCCAGAGACGGGGUCGCUUGUUGCCAACAGCGCCAAUGAUGCUCAACAGAAAAUGGAGCCACUUGGUCUGUACCGUCCUCCAUCUGAGGAGAGGCUGUCCCCUGGCCAACAGCCCCUGUCCCCCUGUGUGAAAGGCAGCCAGAGAGUGGUCACCCUGGCCCAGCACAUAAGUGAGGUAAUAACUAAAGACUACACCAGGCAGAGCCAGCAGCAGCAAAGCUACCAUGGCUCACCGGUCCUGGAUCUAACCCGUCCACCCAGUGCCUCCCAGCCCCCACCCACCUCACAGGAAUCUGCCCAGGGAGGACGCUAUUCAGAGGCUCUUGGAGGCGAACGCAAUAGAGACCGGUCUCCACCUCAGCCCAAGACAUCACCUGUCAGUGUUUCUAAUGAUGGCAUCGAACCAGUUUCUCCUGCUGGAGCCAACUCGGAACCGGAUGUCCAGGGUGGAGCCUCUUACCCCAACGAACAGGCAGAGCAGGGAAUGGGCUCCCGUUCCCCUCCCAAUGCUUCGCAGCCCCCAGCUUUCUUCAGCAAGCUGACGGAGAACACCUCAGCUAUCGUGAAGUCAAAGAAACAGGAGAUGAUCAAGAAGAUGACUGUGGUCGGAAAUGAAAACGAUUUCAAUGCUGGUCAGCCAGGAACAGAAAUCUUCAAUAUGCCAGCGUCUACAGCUGCAGGACCUGUGAGUGUCCGCAGCCAUCCAGCACCAGAGGCUCCUGGAAACUCAAUAGGCUUGGAGGCCAUCAUCAGAAAGGCCUUAAUGGGCAAAUAUGAUGAUCAGUCUGAGGAGCGGGCCCCAUCCAACGCUGGAUCCAGUGUUCCUGCUGCCAUGUCUGUAUCUGAUGGACGUCCAGACGACUGUUUCUCACAAGGUGGGGGAAAGUCCUCAAAGGGCAGUGGACGUUCUAAUGGGCGCAAGGCCAAGUCCCCGGGACCGGGCCUGUCAGGGGGGGAGAGGCCGUCCUCGGUGUCCUCAGUCCACUCUGAGGGAGACUGCAACAGACGAACCCCCCUCACGAACCGUGUGUGGGAAGACCGACCCUCGUCUACAGGUUCAACACCCACUCCCUUCCCGUGUAACCCGUUGAUCAUACGUUUCCCCAGUGGGACGGUGUCUGCUCCGUCUCCCUCCUCCGGUCAGGGGCCUCAAGGUCCGGGUUCAGGUCCUGGACAGGGCCGGUCCUGGGAAGAGGAGCCCAAGCCCCUACUCAUGUCUCAGUAUGAGACCCUGUCUGACAGCGAGUGACCUGACGCGCCGCUGUACAUCAGCACCCGCUAACAGUUGACCACCUCUGUGCUGCUGCAGUCACUCAUCCAAACACACACACAUACACACACACACACGCACAGGCGUUUUUCUGCUGAGGCAUCUGCAAACUUGCCCACACCAUUCCACGUAUUUCCUCCAUCAGUUGUCGGUGAGGAUUGGGUCCUCUCCUGUUUUCACACACCUGAGACGCUGAGCACCAACGAGCUGGAACACUGCUGCUCCAUGUGUGUAUUUGCGCUUACAUGUUAUGCAUUCACUCCAGGACUACUCUUAAGGACAAAUCACUUUUUUUUUUUUUUUAACUUUACUACUUUUCCUCACUGGCCUUAUCAGAAUUGACCCAUUGAGCUGCACCUUUUGGCCGCAGUGCUGUAAUGUGCUCACGCUUCUGCGGACGGUGUUGUGGGUCUGGUCGGGGGCCUGAUGACGGACGCUCUGGCUCUGAGUGCUGGGAGCAGGGGCCCACACAGCCGGGACCCUCUGAGGUUUCUUCACAGUGAACUCCAGGUGCAGGCGGCCUGUGCACUGCUACCACUACAAGAGAAUACGUGCGAGACGAGAGAAGAAUCGAGGCGUGGUUUUGGUUCUAUCUUUUCUCCUUUUAUUUCAGUCAGUCCAGUCUGUGUUUGGAAGGUGAACUGAAUCUUGCGUACAUUUUGAUGGUGAACUUUUGAUGGUGUCAUUUGUUGUCUCUUAUCUGCAAUGAUGUAUCUUUUUUGUUCCUUUUUCUUUUGUUUAUGGCAGGGUCUGGGGGUAAAGAUUGUUCUGUGGGAGGGUCAUAUCAUUGGUUUACAGGGUAAACAUAUUGUUCAUUGCUGAUGUCAUUAUAUAUUAAGGAUGGUCCUGAAGAAUGGCAAAGGCCUGUUGACUUCAGGCAUCCGUAUGUGGAGAUGAUUUGCCAGAUGGAUGGCACUGAGACAAGUGACACUUUCUCACUGUUUUUAUAUUAACCAUGUCUGUGUUUGUUGAACCAGUUUUUGGAUGUUAAGCACUUAGCUGUCGGUCUGUUCACAACGGCAUUUUUAAGAAUCGAUGUUUCCAUGGCAGGUGAAGAAUGGACUCAAGAACAUAGAGCAUAGAAAGCCCACUGUGGAAGUAUCCUCCAACACCUAUCUGUUUAUUCUGGUCUUGCCACCGAUAUUCUUUAGCGCUCCCACUCUCAAAGCGACAAUCACAUUACGGUGAACGAUGAUGAAGCCGCUUCGAGCAGGUGCAGACCAACCUUAAAGCUGCUUAAAGGCAAAUUCCUCAGCAUCCGACGGAGUUUGUGGUGACAAAUAAAGCCAUCUUUCUAUGACCCGUGGUCCAUGGCGGUGGUGGCGGCGGCGGCGGCGGCGGCUUCAGCUGGCCUGCCGGAAUCCCGUCUAGGAGCUGUUGUGACAGUCUGACCUCUGACCUGUUAUGUCUAGAGGAGGAGCUCCAUCCAGGCUCCUCAUCUGGACACAAUUUGUACAGUUAUGAGAUAUUCCUAGUGUUAAGUGCCAUUUAUUUUACAUAUACAGUACUGAAGUUACCAAGUGACGCACAAACUCUAUAGUUCAGCCCCCCCAUGCCAGGGUUUAUACUGUUCAAGCAGGGAAAUUGGAAAACAAAAGCAAACGAAACGUCCUCUUUUUAAAAUUUAUUUUGAGUGUUUUAUUUUUUCUUUUUUUAAAAAAUUGAUCUCAUCACGGCCUUCACUUUUAACUGUUUCUCAUACAUUUUCGCUUCUAAAUACGAUAUCACAGGACACCGGUUUUAAAGGUCUUCUCCAAACUGACAACUGCGACACACUGCAAGUGUACUUCAUUCGCCCUUUGUGUUUGUACGGGUUAGACGAAGUGAAGGGGAAGGUGUUGAGAAGCGUGGCGGUAGUUUUCUGUAACCUCAGUUGCAUUAACGUGUCCUCUGCUUUUACUCGCAGUAUUUUAAAGGUCACCCUGUCGAUAAAUGCUGUGGUGCUGUGAGGUGUUUUCCGGCCUGUGACUCUGUCCUCAGACUGAACGGUCUAGAGCGAUGGCAGUGGCUUUUUUUUGUUUUGUUUUGUUUUUUUUUUGGAAGAGAUAUUCACUCUCUACUGUCACAGCCGACUCUCACAACACACAUAUGACUGUUAUAGGACUACCUCCUCUCCCUCCUUCAUUCUACCUGUCAAUGGUGACGUUUUUAGCAUGCCACAUCUCAACCGUUUAUGUUUUUAGGUCUGAUGUUUUUGUUUUCUAUCAAGGUAAUGUAAAGAUUGACCAACUUGUCAGGCAAAGACUAAAAUUUUAGCCAGGCUUUGUAUAUCGGUCUCUCUGCUUGGUAUGUUAUGUAUCCACUGAUGAAAUUGAAGAAUGUGACAGAAAACAGACGAAGCCAUAUCCAGCUGUUCCGUAAACCGAUCAUAGACUAAUACAUUGUUUUUAAAAGCAUACAGAAAUGAAUUUUUAAGAAAAACACAUCCAUUUUUUUUUCUUUCUUAUGGUUUGUUUUGAUUUACACUCAUGUCUUUUGUUGCAUUUAAAAUCACAUAACCGUUCAGACCUAAAUGAUAAAGUAGAUUGUUGUGUUCCCUAGACUGUCCAAGGGUGGGCGGGUGGAUGAGUGGGAGGGGGAUUGACAAACAGUACAAUGUUCAACCAUUUUGUGCAUACUGAUUUUUUUUUUUUUUUUUAAAUAUAACCCACUGUAUAAUAGCAAGGAUUGUAUAUAAACUGAAGAGAUGUAAAUAUUUAUGUGGCUUGCUUCAAGGUUGGUAUUACAAAAAAAGAAAAGAAAAAAAAAGAAAUAUUCACAUGGUUAAAUUCUACAUGCCCACCAGCAAGCUUUGUGGAUAGCAGUGUAAAAAUGAAAAACAAAAGACACUGCCUUAAUGUUUAAAUAAAAAGCUUAUUGCCA